AUGACUUGUAUACUUGAGAAAAAAGAAGGCUUAUUCAGAAAACACAUGAUGGGCAAAAGAGUGGACUAUGCUUGCAGAUCUGUAAUUUCACCUGAUCCAUAUCUGAGUGUAGAUGAGAUUGGAGUCCCAGAGUCUACAAGGUUAUCAAUUCAACUAGCAUUUGAUUCUUCAUUCAACAGGGCUACUCUGGUGGAACAUGAAGAUGGCAAACGAACCCUACUGAGUAAAACUGAUCCUAAUCAACGAGAAGCUAUUGCUAAACGUCUGUUGACACCAUCAACUGAAAUAAGAGCCUCUGUUAGUCCUUGCAAAAAGGUCUAUAGACACCUGAAGAAUGGUGAUGUACUGUUGCUUAACAGACAGCCAACGUUACAUAGACCAAGUAUGAUGGCCCAUAAGGUAAUUACNAUGGCCAACUCUUGAGAUAUCUGUCAGUUCAGCAAUUUACAAAACUGAUUAAACUGGGAAGGAUCAGUUGAGCAAUUAGGAAAAGUCAUACCUGUCUGUGAUUUGAUUUGACCAGCCAGCACAAAUUUCCAGUACUUGGUUCCUAAAGAUGGGACACCACUCAGUGGAUUGAUUCAGGAUCACAUGGUUGCUGGAGUGAGGAUGACUGUCAGAGGAUGCAUGUUUAAGAGGUCAGACUACCAGCAGCUUGUGUUCAGUGCUCUUAGCUUCAAGAACUGUAAGAUAAAGGUGUUGAAACCAUGCAUUAUGAAACCUUGCGAGCUUUGGUCAGGGAAGCAGGUUGUUUCCACUGUCUUGCUUAAUCUCCUUCCAGAGAAAGCUAAGCUACUGAGUAUGCAGGGAAAAGCCAAAAUAGCUGGAAAAAACUGGAUCACUGGUAAAGCCAAACAGCAGUUCCUUGGAUUACCAUUACUGAAGGGUGAUGACAUGUCUGAGGCUGAGGUGGUCAUCCGGCAAGGACAGCUGUUGUGUGGUGUGUUGGACAAAGCUCAUUAUGGACCCACUCCAUUUGGUCUGGUGCACUGCUGUCAUGAGUUGUAUGGGGGAGCGAUGGCUGGUGACCUGCUCACUGCAUUAGCCAGAGUGUUUACAACUUUCCUCCAGUUUCAAGGCUUCACUCUUGGUGUUGAAGACAUCUUGGUUAAAGAGAAGGCUGAUAAGAAAAGGCGCAAAUUUAUGAAAAAAGGGAGAGUGUCUGGAGAAGAAGCUGCUAUUGAGGCUCUUGGUCUGUCUGAUGACUGUGAUAGGUCAGCUCUAGAACAAAAGCUGCAAGAGGCUCACCAUAAUAAAGAUGGAAGUGACAUGAAACAACUUGACCUGAGCAUGAAAAAGAAAACAGACCACUACCAAGACCUUAUCAACAAGGCAUGCAUUCCCUUUGGUCUUCUCAAGAGAUUUCCUGACAACAAUCUUCAGCUGAUGGUUCAGUCUGGAGCCAAGGGAUCUUCGGUCAAUUGUAUGCAGAUUUCAUGUCUCCUAGGACAGAUUGAACUGGAGGGACGUCGUCCACCCCUCAUGCUUAGUGGAAGAUCUCUGCCAUCAUUCCUUCCUUAUGACACUAGCCCCAGAGCUGGAGGGUUUGUGGAUGGACGGUUCUUGACUGGAAUCAGGCCCCAGGAAUAUUUUUUUCACUGUAUGGCUGGAAGAGAGGGUCUUGUGGAUACAGCUGUUAAAACAAGCCGCAGUGGUUACCUUCAGCGCUGUCUUGUUAAGCACCUAGAAGGUCUGCUGGUCAAUUAUGAUCUUACUGUGCGGGACAGUGACAGCUCUGUAGUACAGUUUUAUUAUGGUGAAGAUGGCUUGGAUGUCAUGAAGACUUCAUUUCUGUCUGAAAAGCAGUUCCCCUUUAUGGCAGGAAACUACAAGGCUUUCCUGCAGCAAAUGAACCCUAAAGCACUUGUUCCUCAUCUUGAAUCAGAGAACGCCCAGAAACAGGAAAGAAAGAUCAAUAAAUGGAUGAGAAAAUAUCAACAAAAUCAGCAGAGGAGAACUUCGCCAUUUCUCUAUUUUGCUGCAGACAACUCUGAAGAAACGGAAGAUGCAACAGAUCAUUAUCAACUAAAGUUUGGUCGCUCUGAGGUAUUGCACCAAAUUAUUCUUUCAUUAUUCAAUAUGUCAUUUUUCUUCUUGGAUGAAAAAAGUAACUGUAAAAUCUUUCCCUCUCAAUGUUUAUCAUCCUUAAUGACAAUAAUAAUCAUAGAUCAUGUGACUUUGAGAAACUGUUACCAGAAAGUUGUUAUUGUUUGUAGUGGUAAACUACCAGCCAGCAAGUUGAAAAACCUAAUGCACCUGAAAGCUUUCCGAGCAUUGGCAGAGCCAGGAGAAGCUGUUGGGCUGUUAGCAGCUCAGUCUAUUGGUGAGCCCUCAACUCAGAUGACACUCAACACUUUUCACUUUGCUGGUCGUGGUGAAAUGAACGUUACUCUUGGAAUUCCAAGGCUGAGGGAAAUCUUGUUGACUGCCAGUGCAAACAUCAAGACUCCCAGUAUGGAUCUCCCUGUUAAACCAGGAAAAAAAUCACGCAAGCAUGCCAAACAGUUGCAGAGGAAAUUCACAAAAGUUACCUUGGCACAGGUAUUAGAAUCUGUUGAUGUCUGGGAGUCAUUGUCACCGAAGACGAAAGGAACACGAUCUAGAGUGCAUCGCAUCAAGUUUAAAUUUCUCAGUGAGUCAUCUUACAAGGAAGAACUGUCUGUGAGAGCUGCAGAAAUUCUUCGUUACAUGGAAUCAAGUUUCAUAAAAAAGUUAAUUUCUGCAAUUGUAAAAGCCACAAAAGCUAAAAACAAUGAAAGGAUAAUUGAGACUGCAGAAGACAAUGAACAUCCAAGAAAUGUUAGCAACGAAGAAGGAAUUGCUCAGGAAGAUAAUGGUGAUGAUGAUGAUGACAAUGCUGAGUUAUCUGAUGAAGAAGCAGCAGAUGGAGAUGCUAAUGAAGCAAAACAAAGGCAAAGACGUCAACAGCAUGCCAGCUAUGAACCGCCAGAUGAGGAUGAGCAAGUGGCUGACAAUGAACUUGAAUACAAUUCCGAGGAUGAUGACGACAGCGAGGUGACAAUGGAUUCAACAGUGGACAACAAUUACCAGGAAGAUGAAGAUCUACAUUACAGCGAAGGUAAAGAUCAGGAAGACGAGAAUAGGAUCAAACACCAACCCUUCAAUGUUGAUAGUACCCGAAUACAGCGUGUUUUGGAAAGCGACAUUCGUGUUGGAUCUUAUUCUUAUGAUGUCAAGAAAGAGAAGUGGUGUGAAGUGUCCUUGAAGUUUCCUGUUACAAGCUACAAAAUACAAGUGUCAUCACUGAUAGAGAAACUUGCCCAUCAGAGUGUUGUUUAUGAAACGCCAAAGAUAAAUCGUUGUUUUUUGAUCGAAAACAAUGAUACAGCAGUCCUAAAAACAGAAGGAGUUAAUUUACAGGCUGCAUGGCGACACGCCGAUAUAUUAGACUUAACAAAGGUAUAUACGAACGACAUUCAUGCCAUGGCGCGCGUUUAUGGGAUCGAAGCGGCAGCAAAAGUUAUAAAGCAGGAAAUAAAGAACGUUUUCAGCGCUUAUGGAAUCCAUGUAGACCCACGUCAUCUCAGCCUGGUGUCGGAUUACAUGACGUUCGAAGGCACCAUCAAAGCAUUCAAUCGUGUUGGACUCGAGUCAAAUGCCUCUCCUUUUCAGAAAAUGAGUUUUGAAACCACAACACAUUUCCUGCGCGGAGCUGUGCUAUCAGGAGACACGGAGAAGUUGGCUUCUCCAUCGUCAAGACUAGUAGUUGGCCGAGUGGUGGGAAGUGGUACAGGCUGCUUUGAACUGCUGCAGCCAUGCAGCUGCAAUAGUCAAUUGUUUCAUCUGUUCAUUUAUGUUUGUACCAUUUAUUUUGAAGAAGAUGAAGAUCUACAUUACAGCGAAGGUAAAGAUCAGGAAGACGAGAAUAGGAUCAAACACCAACCCUUCAAUGUUGAUAGUACCCGAAUACAGCGUGUUUUGGAAAGCGACAUUCGUGUUGGAUCUUAUUCUUAUGAUGUCAAGAAAGAGAAGUGGUGUGAAGUGUCCUUGAAGUUUCCUGUUACAAGCUACAAAAUACAAGUGUCAUCACUGAUAGAGAAACUUGCCCAUCAGAGUGUUGUUUAUGAAACGCCAAAGAUAAAUCGUUGUUUUUUGAUCGAAAACAAUGAUACAGCAGUCCUAAAAACAGAAGGAGUUAAUUUACAGGCUGCAUGGCGACACGCCGAUAUAUUAGACUUAACAAAGGUAUAUACGAACGACAUUCAUGCCAUGGCGCGCGUUUAUGGGAUCGAAGCGGCAGCAAAAGUUAUAAAGCAGGAAAUAAAGAACGUUUUCAGCGCUUAUGGAAUCCAUGUAGACCCACGUCAUCUCAGCCUGGUGUCGGAUUACAUGACGUUCGAAGGCACCAUCAAAGCAUUCAAUCGUGUUGGACUCGAGUCAAAUGCCUCUCCUUUUCAGAAAAUGAGUUUUGAAACCACAACACAUUUCCUGCGCGGAGCUGUGCUAUCAGGAGACACGGAGAAGUUGGCUUCUCCAUCGUCAAGACUAGUAGUUGGCCGAGUGGUGGGAAGUGGUACAGGCUGCUUUGAACUGCUGCAGCCGCUAUACUGAAGACUCUUGUCAUCUGUUAUAUAACAAAUAAAGUUUGGUGUUGCUAAAUAUUUCCCUGGGCAGAUUUUGAGAACAAAUCAGUUUUACCGCUUCAGCAGGGACAGUUAAAUAAUGAGUAAAAGCAGAUAGGAGGCAUUGCAAGUUAACUUCCUUUUAAAUUGCAGUUCCACUGACCCGAGUCUGAGAUCAUUGACAGAUCGUUUACGCCUGUCCACACGUGAAUGCUCUGGGGAGCGUUUGCGAUGAUCAAAAUAUUCCAUGGCAUAGAAAAUACAGCCAAUCAGAAUAAAGGAAAGCCGUUGUAUAUUCGACGUUAUGACACCCAACCUUCCCAUCAUGCUCCGCGCGUAUGUCCCACUGAUUGUGUUUGGCCUCUGUAUUUUCUAUGGCAUGAUAUAAAAUAGUUAUGCGACGCUUUCUCGUAGUAUACCAUAGAAUAUUCCACUUGUCGCUUUUAUUUUCUUGGUAUACCGAGAAAAUACAAGUAACUGGUGGGAUAUUCCGUGGUAUACUACUCGAAAGCGUUGCAUCACUAGUAUGUAUACGACUGGAAGUCAAGAUAUGACAACAGAAAAAUCUUUAGCAGCAGACAGUUUCAUUUGACGUAUUUAGCGUCUGGCAAAACAUGAUCGUGCACCAUUGAACACGUUUGCCAGGCUAUUUACUGUCUUAAAGUGUUCCUAUCCAGUUGAAGACAGCAGUUUACCGUUAAUUUUCAACCUUAUUUAGGAAGGUGGUCUCCCACUCUCCAUAUUUGUUUUUCGUAAAUACAGUGAAAACCCGCGCGAAAGAACCUACAUUUUUUGAAGUCUGGCAUAAUAGGUUCUUGUAUUUUGGAGUAAUUAUUGGUAAUCUAGACUAAGUAGUUACUUAAUUAGGUUCUUAUUUUCUACGAAGGAGAUACAGUUGUUGAUUACCAGAAAAAUUAAUAAACCUUGGUUUAGUCGUUGAGUAUACAG